AUGGCCACCCGUAACAUUCUUAGCCUUCUCGCAUUGUCGAGCACCGUUAUUGCCCUCCCUCCCGCAGGACCUUGGCAGCAUGGACAGCAUGGACCGCCUGGACCGCCGGGACCGCCUGGACCUCCAUCUUGGCCAGGUUCAUGGCCAGAGCAGUCAUGGCAGUCGGGCUUCACAUCCACUGGCACAACAGCAGCAUCGUCCUCUCCAGCAGGUACUACGACAGUAGCGAGUGCGGGAAGCUCAAACGGAUCGAUUGCAAGCCCAGGAACCGUUGGAAGCGACCUCACCAUCAUCACGCACAAUGACCUGUAUGGCAAUAUGUCCGCUCGCACCGAUGCGGCCAUCGUGUUGUCCACACCAAUGACCGAAGCGCAGGCCCAAGCCGCUUGCGCAGCACUCAACGAACAGCUCUGGUCCCCUACACUAAGCAACGGUAGCUUUCUGAACUACCUAGCAUUCGAAGGCAAGAACGGACCCUAUUGGAUCGCCGGCCAACAGGGGGUAGACUGCAGAGACAUCACCGCUACCGGAGUUCAAGGCCUUUCUUCUUGUCUGAACCUACUACCGGCUUUGUGCACGCAGAGCGCACCUCUAGCUAACCUUAGCUACGCCGACAAUGCCACUACAUGGCAGACCACGGUGAGCACAGGACAGCAGACCUUGACCGGCUUUCGCGAUAAGUUUAGCUUCCGCUUUGAGGGCGUGCGGUACGCUGCGGAGCCCCAGAGGUGGACCUACAGUACCGUGUACAACGGGACCGGCCACUCGAAUGCUCUGGCGUUCGGUCCUCAGUGCUUGCAGGGUCAUGUUAGCGGUUCGACCGACUGCCUCUUCCUCAAUAUUUGGACUCCCUAUCUGCCGAAUGGCGUUCCACAGACGAGCCAGCUUAAGCCCGUUAUGUUCUGGAUACACGGUGGUGCUUUCACCAGCGGUACUGGCAGUGAUCCCACCUUCGACGGUGGUGCACUAGCGAGCAGAGGCGACGUCGUGCUCGUCACAAUCAAUUACCGACUCGGAACUCUUGGCUUCCUCGCUUUAAACGAUGGUGUCACGAAUGGCAACUACGGGCUCGCUGAUCAGAUUACGGCGCUGGAUUGGGUGCAUCAGAACAUCGCAAACUUCGGUGGCGAUCCGAAUAAGAUCACUAUCUUCGGUCAGUCCGCCGGCGCAGCAUCCGUACGAGCACUGCUUGCCAGCCCACGAGCGAUUGACAAGUACGCUGCUGCCAUCCCGCAAAGCAAUCUAGCAGGCAGCAACUAUGCCACCACCUACUCGCAGUACUACACUAUCCCGCAAGAAGUCGCCGCUGCCGCCAAUCCCAUUUUAAACGCCACAGGAUGCCUCAACGCGACCUCGCAAGUAGCCUGCCUACGCAAUGUGAGCCCAGCCGUUUUGGCCAAUCUCACCAUGAUCGCCCGCUUCCUUGUAGUAGACGGCACCUACCUCGUCACCGACGAGCUCGAGGUCAGCGGCCAAGGCCCCGCCGCCAACGUGCCCGUCCUCAUGGGCUUCAUGCGCGAUGAUGGCGCAGCAUUUAUCACCUACCCCACCGCCAAUCAAACCGUCUCCACCUUCCUGACGGCCAACGCAUUCAACCUCAGCACCAUCAGCACGCUGUCCGUCUUUCCCGAACCCAACAGCGCAAACACAACACUAAACGUUUUCAACACCACGGCCUUGAUCGCCACGGACUCCGAGUUCCGCUGCCUCGACGAAGCAACAGCCUACUCAGCCGUCCUGCACAACGUCUUCCCGGAAGUCUACUUCUACGAGUUCAACCGCUCGUACCAACUCAGCUUCUACAGCCCCAACCCGCCUGUCUGCCAACCACCCGUCACAGCCGCAUUCCCAUACGGAGAUCCUAGCGGCGAGUACUUCAAGUGCCACUCCGGCGAGCUCUACUACGUCUUCGGCACGGUCAUCUUUAACGGCUUGCCGCCACGAGACCAGAACGACAUACCAAUGUCACAGUUUACGGUGGAUACAUGGAGUGCCUUCGCACGUACAUUCAACCCGAACCCGGACCUUGGGUACUUGCAGGCUCGUGGUUUUACCAAUACGACGAGCGAGAUACAACGCGCGGGCACGACAUGGGCGCCGGUGACGAAUGGUAGUCUGACGUUGAGGUUGAUGCAGUAUCCGAGCGUGCAGGCGCCGUUUGGCAUCUACGAUGGACAAGAUCAAUGUCAGGCUUUGGGCUUCCCAAUCAAUUAUUGGGAGAGUCACUUUUGA